UAUGGUGCCACUGUCAGUAGCAGGCUUUAGGUGGAUUAGUUUAGGACAAGUGUAUGUGCUGUGCCUAUCAUGUGGAUUGUAAGAACAUGGUGUGGUGUGACACUUCUAAUUGAGAUUUGAAUUGUAAGUAAUCUCAAACCCGGUGAUUUUUGGAUAGCCCUAGAAUAGUGGGAUUGUGUGUACAAAAGGGAAGAAAUCUGGGCGCCAUCACAUCUGGCGAUGACAGUUGGAUCCUAAAGCUUGCCAUUUGGUCACCAGCAAUAAGACUCCGUGGGAAUUUUGCAACAAAGCAUCACACUUUGCAGCAGAUAUCACAAAAUUGCAGCAUUUGGAAGAGUUUCAGGACAUGUAAACUGAAGGGAUGUGUGGAGAGCAGAACUUCUUUUGGAUGGAGCCUCUCUUUUUAAAAGCAGCCAUCCAUGCUGGCUUUAAGCUGCUCCUAAAACUCGGGGGAAUUUCAGAAGUACUCCUCAGAACAGUCGGAAAUAGAAAUGAUACUUCCCUGACCAUGUGUGGAAAUGCUUUUCCUGCAUAAAGUGGCUCUUUGGAUUCAAGCCAUAGGCUUUAUGAUCUACAACUGGCAUUAGAGGUUUUAAUGAACUGUUCUGCACUUGCAGGCUCCUUUUUUAAAAGUCAAUAGAGAUUUGGUUGAAAUUCACCUACAGCUGCUGUCUUGCUUUAUUUAUGGAAUAUUUAAUCAUGAGCUGUUUUAUUUUUUAAAUACAAUUUUGAAUAAGCACAUUUUGACAAUUAAAUUCACAGUUGUUCCCAAUAAAAAAGUUAGAAUCCUGCUCAUUAUUAAUCGUUUAUGCAGUUAUCCUGUUCAUGGUGCUUUACAGAAAUAAACUCAUGUCCUUGCCUGCCUCUUGGAAGAAGCUACAGUUGUACAGUGGUUCUUUUACUAUUGUCCCGCAAUAUUUGGACUAUUUGGAAAGUCCAGAAAGCUUUUGAGUUUUCGUGCUUCAUGACUCCAGGGGGUUGUUCUUGCAUUUCCCAACUGUUUUCUCCCUUCCAUAUUCUGGGAUUGAUGAAGAUUGGAGUGACAAGACAGUUCUGGUCACAGCAGUCAGAUCUGCAGGAGCCCUUCGGAUCUCUGACUGAGGAGGAGUGCUGGGCUGGCUUCACGCAGGAAGGGAGAAUCACAGAGAGCAGAAACCACAGUUAUGAGGGCUGUUGCAUUCUCCUGGUUUUCUGUGUGGCUUUUGGGGUUCAGAAUCAUAGUUGCCUACAAGUAUAUAGUGAUUGCUCCGCAAUAGCUGAUUUUCCACCCUCACUAGGAUUACGGUAGCUGGUCUGCAGUGGAUAUUAUUCCAUGUCAUUUGGCCCUCGGGCAACAUUGUCUCACAAUUUCUGUAGAAACCUAAGUAUCCAUUUGACCUGGGUUCUCCCUGCCCUUCAUUUUAGUGUGCUUUGCUUCUCUCUGGCACCUGCUGCUACCAUCUGAGAAGCCUUUGCAGACACAUUAUCAGUAACACAACAUGAAUAGCUUGGCUUUGCCCCUUGCAUUCUUCAAAGGGUUUGUAGAGGUUUGCUCUUGCGAUUUAGCAGGUUGAUUUUUUUUAAUCAGCACUACCCCAGACAGUUUGGGGGCUGAAAAAUUGCCCAUUGCAAAGGUUUCAAAGGCACCAGGGCUUUAGCACACCAAAGGCUGCUUCUUAUGUGUGCUUGAAAGCAAAACGGAGCAGCUUCAUGAACAGGAAGGAAAUAAUGAGCUUGAUCUCUGCCAUAGUACUGGCUUCUCUCUUUGUAAUGGGAAGGUAGUGUAUAAGAUCAAAGCACUUCUCAGCAGAAUUGUGCCGGAUUGGGGCACUAGUUUCCGCACAACUGCAGGUGUCUUUGUAGAAGGUUACGAGGACGUCUUGUACGCAUGUCAGAUAAUAGGACAUUUUCCACUCUCAAUUCACACACCAUAUCCAACUGCUGUGCCGUAUAAAGUAAGCCUCAUUGAGCUUGAUGGGAUUUACUCCUGGGUAGGAAUGCACUGUUACUGCUUAUUGUAUGGGUGGUUUUUUUUUUAGUUCCAGCCUUAUUUUAACAUGUUUUCUUUAAAAGCCUAGAUGAGUACUUUGGUAAAAUGAGAGAACGCUCAACUUUUAAACCUUGAAGAGUUUAAGAGGCCGAGCAUUCCCCCAUUAUGCCACAGUAUUCAUCUAGCAUUUUAAUGAAAAAUCUCAGUAAGGACCUGCAGGAUUGCCCACUUCUAUAAUGGGGAAAACUCUUGGACUUCCAGAUGCUUCUGGACUAAAAUUCCCAUCUGCCUCAGCUAGCACAGCUAAUGAUUGGGGGCGAGUUGUAAUCCAGCAACAUCUUAAUGGUUGCGGGUUACCCACCACUGAUCUAGUUCUUUGGAGGCCCUGAGCUCUGUUCUGUGAUGGCAUGCAUUUCUAGCCUUAUUUUUAAAGAGAGACUUAGGGGAGCAAGUUACAGUAAUCCCCUUGCUUCAGAGCUAUCCCCUCCAGUCAAAAUGUGCAGACUAUACUUUGCUAUUGUGUUGUGCCUCUGUUUUGGCACUUCAACUCCUAGGAUGUUGAAUGGAUGAACUGCAACUUGGAUAAUAUGUUGUCUGCAUGGUCCUUAAGAAUUAUGGGUACUGCAAGUGAGAUUGGCAUGUGAAAUUAGACUAGUUCAGAGAAAGGAGAAUGAGACUGCCAGAUUCUGUUCUGUGAUUGGUUGUUGUUGUUGGCUUUUAUAAUAAUAAUAAUAAUAAUAAUAAUAAUAAUAAUAAUAAUAAUUUAUUUAUACCCCGCCCAUCUGGCUGGGUAUAAAUAUAUUUUUACAUCAUGUGAGCCCCCUGCACUGACACCCUGCUGCAUUUUGAUAUGAAACCACCACUUCAGUUUGCUUAUAAAUCCAAACAAAAUAAAAAAAAUCCUUCCAGCAGCACCUUAGAGACCAACAAAGUUUGUCAUUGGUAUGAGCUUUUGUGUGCAUGCACACUUCUUCAGAUAAAUCCAAUUUGUGUAUGAGUCACUUCCUCUAAUUGCUUCAUUUUAGGAGACAUUUAAUAGCUCAGGAAAAGGUGAAACAAACUUCUGAUGUAAACAAUUUCCAGUUAUUAUAUGUUCUUAUAUUCACAGAAGUUGGUCCAGUGAAACAGUCUGUCUACCUUCCUUGUUUUGUAUGUGCAUUGGUAGAGCUAAUAAUUGAUUGGACUACAUAAAAGAUUUAAAUAAUGUAGUUGUAAGGGACUUCCUCCUCCCUACACUUGUAGUAUUUAUUAGUAUCAGUGAGUGGUACUGACUUCUGGAUUUUUCUAGGAAGAAUGGCUGCUGAACUUUAGUGUUCCAGUUUGCGCAGAACUUUCAAGCCAUUCUAAGAGAGGGGGGGGUCACCCCCAGCACUUCAAGAUUUCAAGAUGCAGGAGCCAGUUGCUGCAGACCCAAAGGCAGUCCCUCCCCCAAGCCGUACCAAAAACCCAGCAGCUAACCCCCGGCGAAUGCGGCGGAUUAUAGCUGAGGAUCCUGAGUGGAGUCUAGCUAUAGUGCCACAGCUCACAGAGCUCUGCAUACAGCACAUAAUCAACAACUUUGAAAGUAAUCCUAUUUUGAAUAGCCUCCUUCCUGAACACCAAAGGAAGGUGCUGGACAAGGUCUCCACAAGUCUGCCCCUCACUGUGACUGCCAACCUGAUUAGUGAUGAAAUUUAUUGGAAACGAUGUUGCAUUGCGAGAUGGGCAGUUUGUGACGUGUCCCGCUAUGGAAACAGCUGGAAACGGAUGUUUUUUGAACGUCACUUGGAGAACAUCUUGAAGUUCUACAUUCCAGACACCACGAACCCCAACCAGGUCCUGGAUGUCAUCCCACUCUGCAAGGAAUAUGUGAAGAAGCUAGAUAUCGACCAGUUCCUUCCACCUGUGAAAAUAGAUCAGAAGAAGGAAGACGAAGAAGCCUCUGAUACAGAAAGUGAUUCUGGAAUGGAUGAACCGUCCAUGGACCAUUUUGAUAUGAGCAUUCUCACUCCAGCGCUCUGUCACCUAGAGGAGCUGCACUUAUCUUACGGCGUUAAAGAUUGUGGCAUGAAUUUUGAGUGGAAUCUUUUUGAGUUCACCUACCGGGACUGCUGCUCCCUGGCCAAUGCUGUCAAGAAGUGUCCAACUUUAAAAGUCUUCAAACUGUCUCGAAGCAAAGUGGAUGACGAAAAAUCUCGUGUGCUGAUCCAUGAACUGUUAGACCAUCCCUCGCUAACAGAACUGAACUUAUCUCACAAUCUGAUUGCAGACCGGGGAGCACGAGCUGUUGGCAAACUGAUCAACCGCAGCAAGAUAGUAACCCUUAACCUUUGUGAUAACAGGAUCCGUGCUCCAGGAGCCCAGGCGAUUGCUCACGCCUUGUCCAAGAAUUCCAUUCUGACGUCCCUCAACAUGCGUCUCAACUGCAUUGAGGAUGAGGGAGGCCAAGCCAUUUGCCACGCCCUCUUGGCUAAUGGCACUCUGACAAAUCUUCACUUGGGUGGCAAUGAGUUGUCGGAGCCAACGGCAACCCUUUUCUCUCAGGUCCUUGCUCAGAACACGGCUCUGACUCACAUCAACCUCUCCUGCAACCACAUCGGGCUAGAUGGAGGGAAGCAGCUGCUGGAAGGCAUGACUGAUAACAAGACAGUGAUAGAAUUUGACCUGAGGCUGGCAGAGGUGGGCCAAGAGAGCGAAUACCUCAUUAACCAGGCCAUAAAGACCAACCAGGAACUAGCCCGACUCAAAAGCCUGCAGCACCCGACCUCUGCACCUGUUCCACAUACGGUUGAAGAAAAACACCCCGAACAAGGCUAACAUUUCCUGUGUCUUUCUCCUCACCAUGUUAGAUUAAAUGCCUAUUUUAUUUUUGCUAAGCAUUGUGCUGAGAAGUUCCUUCUUCUCAGCUGUGUUUGAUCUUGGCUGGCCAUGGCUUCCUUUCCUCCUGCCUUUCUCUUCACCUUCCCAUGAAGCCUGUGGGACAAGUCCCUUGGUCCCAUGUCACAUUGCACCUGAGCCUGGGCCUAACCCUAGCAGGGGCGACGGAAAGCAUGUGGCUACCCUGUUUACCCCUUCCUCCCCUUGCUCUGUUGUUCCUCUUUGUCAGAUUUUAGAUCGGAAGCUGCUAAAGGCAGGGACUUCUUCUACUCUGUAAAGUACACCCUGAUGGAGCUAGAUUAUGGUGAUUAUUAAUCAUUGAUUAAAUCUUUUGAAAUCAUUUUUGACAGGCCAUUCUGGGAACUGAACAUGACAAUACUGCAGAAGCAGGUUAAGCAAGGCAGAGUAUGUUGAAAGUGAGCUAGCAAAAUCCUUCAGGUACAAGAUUCUUGUUUAAUUCACUGAUUUUUUUUGUAUAUCUUUGAAUGAAGCUUUCCCUCUCUCUUUGCCCACCCCAUCAACCCUCUUUCCCCUUUGUGAUCCCAAAGCAAAAGUCCUCUCAAUAGCAGAAACAGCAAGCAGACCAAAAAUGACUAAGGUUCAGCCUUCUGCUGCCUUCGCGAUCUAUCUAGUGGUGCUCUCAGCCUGGCCAAGCCCUGGUAUUAACAUGGGAAAGCAGGGAGCUGUCCAUUUGACCCUGCAAAUGAUGGUGCUGAAUCCUGACAGAAGCUCCAAAACUUAUUGCAGGAUCACAUCCUGCAAACCUCUGGUUUAUACCCCAGGGCACACACCAGCCUACGUUCAGUGUUCCCCUCCCCCUUUGUUCAGGGAGUAUAUUAGGAACGCAAACCUAUAAAUUGUACCUCUAAACUUCAAAAGGGUGUGUGCGCAUUGUGGAUACAUCACAAAACAGCUCAAGGUAUACCGUAAUUGUUCCUCUGGGGUUUUUUUCCAGUUCAAUCCUGGGGAGGGGCAGAGUAUUUUUUCCAUCUGUUCAAUUCCGUAGUAUAAAUACUGUAUAUUUGGGCAUAUAAGACGACCCCCAACUUUUCCAGUUAAAAUAUAUGGGGAUAUACUCGCCAUUUAAGAAAUACGACCCGGCGUAUAAGACCCCCGAUUUUUGAGAAGAUUUUCCUGGGAUAAAAAGUAGUCUUAUAUGCAGGAAGAUACAGUAUUUGUGACCUGUUAACACAUCAUCCUAAGCCAAUGGGCAACUCCUCUAAAUCUUGUGACUGUAAAGCUGCCUUACUGUUGCUAGCUGUUGCUAAAGUGUGGGUUGAUGUGAGGCCAGUGACAGAAUCUGCUGUGACUUAAAUGGCUUCCUGGGUGCAAUUUGAUUUUGGAUUUAGCCAUCCAAACUUUCUAAGACCCAGUUAUGUCUCUUGCAGUUGUUAUCUUAUUUUCCUUCUCCUGGGGAGAUUCUCAGUAAUAGGGUCAAGUGAUGAUUGCUAGGGGGAGGGCAGGCAACACCCUCCAAAGUGACAGUCAUGUGCAAUGGGAAGACUCUCAUUUUUAGCAUCAAAGGGUACAUCCCUGAUCCGACCUCCAAAGUCUCCUGCUUUUUCAAGCUUCUCUCUGAAGACAGGAUCAGAAAGGCUUUCUCUAGCUAUUGCCCCAGGUUAGCACACAGCAGCAAAGUCACUUAAAAUUCCACUAGGUGCUUUAUUGCUUAUAUAAUCUGAGGUUCUUGCUAUGUCUCAGUAUUUUCCUAGUAACAAUUGCCAUCAGAAUGGUUUUCCUUCCUACACAUCUUGUCUUUCCUCACUUCUUUAGGGUUGCAUUACAUAACACAGUUGCUGUUCAUAAACUCAGAAAUGCUAUUUGGAUAGAGAAAAUUCAAGAUGUUAGGCACAAUCCUGUGUAUGUUCCAUUGACCUGUGUGACAUUCUAAACACACUUACUAGGUAAUGCUAAGCUUGCAAAAGUUGCCUUUGAAAUCUCUUUGCCCUGUUAACUAACCCAGAAGCCCAGUCAUAAUGACAAUGGUGUCACAUUAUUAAUUGUUCUAUACUGUAUAUGAAGAACUGAACUAUCAAUUAUUCACAUGUAACACUAAUCCAAAACAUGGCUUAACAUGAAGUUUUAAGGUCAUUAUUUACAUAUAAAACCCUAAACUCUGGAUCAGGUUACCUGAAAGACCAACUUCCCCACCAUUGCUGGUGAGCACAUUAAGAUCAACCAACAAAUGCAGCCUAAUUAAUCUUGUCAUGACCUAAUUAUUAGUGGGUUUUUGCUGGCACAUAGGUGGGCCUUUUCACUGAUGUCACUAGAAUGUGCUCAAUGCCUUCCUUUUCUAAAAUCCUCCCAAGUAUUCAAUCUUGCCUUUUUUAAAAAAACAAAACAAAAACCCGCUUACAUUUAAAAUUACCGUAAAUUGUUCUGGGGAGGGAGAGGGUGGUUGUGAUGUCGCCAGUAUUAGCUAAUCCAUGCUGUGCAAUGCAGUCCACAAUCGACUCCCCCAAGAUCAGGCACCCCCAAACUGCGGCCCUCCAGAUGUUUUGGCCUACAACUCCCAUGAUCCCUAGCUAAGAGGACCAGUGGUCAGGGGUGAUGGGAAUUGUAGUCCAAAACAUCUGGAGGGCCGAAGUUUGGGGAUGCCUGCCCAAGAUCAACCCUGCAGAGGAUUAAGUGUAUGUAACCAGAAUAUGGUGGGUGGGCUUUCAGAAGACACUGGCUUCUUUUUUGAUGGGUCUCUACAAACUCUAUGAAGAAAGUCAGCCAGGCACACAUCAGACAUCGUGAAUCAUCUGGAACUUUUAUUACACCGAUUUGGUUUACAAUCUUUGUACUUUUGAUAUUUCCAACAAAAAGGCAACAUUGUGAUAUACCGUUUUACAUAGAGACAAACAGAACUAGAUCGUACGGACAUAUUGAAAAGUAAAAACUGUUCUCAGUGCUCACAGAAAAGUUGUGUCAGAAUUGGAUUUAUCUCCGCUGCUGCUCAUUGUGGGCAAUGGAUACAAACGUCCACCAUCCAUGGCUCUGCUGCCUGCAGUGCCCCUCGGCCAAAGGGGCUUUAGCUGCUUGAUGUUUUGGCCGUAAUAGAUCAGAAAGGAUACUUGUGUGAGGUUAUCUUGGGUGGCAGC